CGGUGGGGCAGCGGCCCGGGAGUGGGGGGGUGGGCGCGUCGGUCAUGUUUACCUUCGGGCCCGGUAGUCCGGGAGGGGAUGGGACGGCCGGAACCGGGACUGAGGAGCCGGCAUCCCAUGCGGGGCAGGCAACGGCAGCGAGGCCGCUCCCUUCCCCGCCCGCGCCGCCGCAGCCCGGGGCUGACGCAGCCCCUCCCCCGUCGCCCUCCCGGAGCCCUCGCCGUCCCGGCGUCCCCUCGCUGCCCCCGGCCGCACACGCCGGGGAGCUCGAGCCUCACGCAGCUCCGGACUCCUCUGCAGCUUCCACCCAGGGAGAGCCGUCACCGCCCUCCCCGGCGCGCCGGCGACCCGGGCCCGACUGCAGGGCGGGGGGCCGGGGCCGCCACGGCCUCGGUGCCCGGCUGUUCGGGUGGCUGAGAGAACGCAGUCUGGGCCGCGGGCUGUUCGUGGACCCGGCGCGGGACAAUUUCCGCACCAUGACUAAUCUCUAUGGUUCCAUCCAUCCCGCGGACUCGGUGUACCUCAGCACCCGUACCCACGGCGCGGUCUUCAACCUCGAGUACUCCCCCGACGGGUCAGUGCUGACGGUUGCUUGUGAACAGACUGAAGUUCUGCUUUUUGACCCUAUAUCUUCAAAGCACAUAAAAACACUUUCUGAAGCUCAUGAAGACUGUGUAAAUAAUAUCAGAUUUCUUGAUAACCGGCUGUUUGCUACCUGCUCUGAUGACACUACAAUAGCACUGUGGGAUCUGAGAAAAUUGAACACCAAAGUAUGCACUUUACAUGGUCACACUAGCUGGGUGAAGAACAUCGAAUAUGAUACUAAUACAAGACUCUUAGUAACAUCAGGAUUUGAUGGAAAUGUCAUUAUUUGGGACACCAACAGGUGUACAGAAGAUGGGUGUCCACAUAAGAAAUUCUUUCACACACGUUUUCUCAUGAGAAUGAGAUUAACACCAGAUUGUUCGAAAAUGUUGAUCUCAACGUCCUCUGGAUAUCUCUUGAUUUUGCAUGAUCUUGACUUAACCAAGUCUUUAGAAGUAGGCAGCUAUCCUAUUUUGAGAGCAAGAAGAACUACAUCAAGUUCAGAUCUGACCACUUCAGGUUCAUCUGGUCCUAGAGUUUCUGGUUCACCUUGUCAUCAUAGUGAUUCUAAUUCAUCUUCUGAGAAACACAUGUCACGAGCCUCACAAAGAGAAGGAGUUUCACCACGAAAUAGUCUUGAAGUCUUAACCCCAGAAGUUCCUGGUGAGAGAGACCGUGGAAACUGCAUCACAUCCUUACAGCUGCACCCGAAAGGCUGGGCCACACUCCUUCGGUGCUCAAGCAACACUGAUGACCAGGAGUGGACUUGUGUCUAUGAAUUCCAAGAAGGAGCUCCCGUGCGACCCGUCUCCCCUCGCUGUUCUCUACGACUAACUCAUUACAUUGAAGAAGCCAACGUAGGCAGGGGUUAUAUCAAAGAACUUUGCUUCAGCCCUGAUGGGCGGAUGAUUUCUUCCCCACACGGCUACGGGAUUCGCUUGUUGGGAUUUGACAAACAGUGCAGUGAACUUAUUGACUGUUUGCCCAAAGAAGCCAGUCCCCUGCGGGUGAUCCGUUCUCUGUACUCUCAUAAUGAUGUGGUACUGACAACAAAGUUCUCUCCAACACAUUGUCAGAUUGCCUCAGGGUGCCUUAGUGGACGGGUUUCUUUGUAUCAGCCAAAGUUUUAGGCACAACUUACAUCAAAUAAGGAACUCUUCUGGUGGUUGACUUAUGAAUUACUUCGAUUCAGGUGAAGUAUUUUCUUUUUAGAAGAUCUUGAAAGUUUGGGUCAAGAUCCCAGUUCUUAUGGGUCCAUGAACACACCUGUGACCUGAGUACUUGGUCAUCCAGCAUCGCAGGGUCCUCGCCAAGGUAGACUCCCGCAGCAGCAUCUUUUGCCGCAUUCCUCUGCUCCUGCUCACCUGUGCCGCCUGAACUUCCGUUCUGCUUCUUUUGCAUGGUAGCUCUUGUCAGGUUUCUCUUUCUUUCCUUGUUUUUUUUGGAUUUUGGUGAGUUUCGUGGACGUCUGGCAGGAGUUUGGGCUGGGUUAGGAGAAACCCGUGGCACUAGUGUUGAAUAAAACCCAGAAGUUUGAUGUCAGCAUACUGGUCAUUGAAAAAGAAAUUCCUCUUCACUGAGUAUACUUUGGCCUUUUAAAGUUGCUGUUAUGUUUCUCUAUAAUGAGCACAGAUAAUGGCAUUAUUCUCAUAACUGUUAGUCUUACAACAAACUGUCUUAAGUUUCCUGUUAAAAUUAUACAUAUUUUUUCACCGUAGGGGAAUUUUGUUGUGAAAUUCUGGAAAAAAUAAUUACCACCUCUCUUUGUAAUUUACUUGUACGAAUUUAAAAAUCUCUAGCAUGUGUCCUUACUUGGUACUUUGUUCCUGUCAAAAACAUUUAGAAAGGAAAAGAGAAGGAAUGGGCUUUGGUCAUUUCUGUUACAUAAAAGAGGAUUCAUUAGGUUAGUACACUACCUGGUCACAGAGCGAUGAGAACAGUGUGGCUCAGAGUUUCUGUUUUCUCUGCCAGACAAUUGGACUCACACAGGGUGACAAGUUAUAGUAUCGGGGUGGGGGGAUUGAGAGUAAAGAGGUUGUGUUUUACUCCUCUUUAUUCCUUGAACCCGGUGGCACAAGCUCAGCCCCCUUAGCAUCGGGGAGCAGGGAGCUGCAGUCCUCUCAAGCCUUGUCCUAACUACAGUAGUCAGUAACUUGGAUGUCAAAGCAAAGAGCCGACACGAAGACCUCCUGUGUUUGGUUAUGGAACACAGCAAGUAAAAAGCAUCAAGCAGGAGACAGUCACAGGGCUGACUGCUCUGCUGAAGUAAGCAGCUUUCUUCUAGUCUCCACUUUGGGUGGUAUUCUGUUUAGAAGGGAUCUGCCAGAGGCCGGAUCAAUUGAAGCCACAUGCUAGCUCUUUCCCUCUCAGAUCACAUUCUCUUAGGCCAGUGGUUCUCAAACAUCAGGGUGCAUUACAAUCACUGAGGAGCUUGUGCAGAACAUAGAAACCUGGCCCUUAUUGUAGGAGGUUCUGAUUCAGCCAGGGAGAGGACAGGAGUCUAUAUUUUUAACAGGCACCUCAAGUAAUCUUUAGGUGGUCCCUGGGCCAGAGUUUGCAAAGCACUACCUUAAACAUUAGUAUUUCUGUACCUCUCAGGUGCUUGACUCCCAAAAGGUGUUUUGAUUAAAAUUGUAGGUAGAUGAAACCAAUUUUAGAGGUAGAAAAUGCAGUCAGUCUCAUUAUUUGAUCUCAUUGGAUGAAUGAGAAAAGUUAAGUGACUUGCCUAAAGUCAUCUGAUAAAAUCAAUGGCAGAGCCAGAACUUGAACUCAAGUCUCCUAACUCCUUGCUCAGGGCAAUUUCUACUGUAUUCUGCUGGCUGUUAAAUCAAUGAUUUAUGAACACUUUGUCUUUAAGUUGUAUUUCUGUGACUACCCUUAAACUGGUCAAUAGAUUGAAAAAGGUGUGGAAGUAGAUGCUGAGAAUUCCAGCCGUAAGAAGAAAAGUAUCUUAAAUCUUAUAGAAAUGCCAAACCAACCCAAAUACAUGAGUAAAACUGACAUUUCUUUGUAGGACCCACCAGACAGCCAUGUACACAAGUGGACGGAGCUUACAUCUCACUUGGAACAAUGUUGUCUCUAGGACAGAUUGUAAAAUUACAUCAUUUCACCAUGGAUGUUAAACUAAUUGGAAUUUUUUAGCCAGCAAGAAAAGUACCGCAAAGUACAAUGAAAACAUAGGUUUGCCAUAAACUUUAAAAAAAAAACAAAAAACAAAAAAAACCACACC